AUACGACUUGCUCUCCACCACCACAGUCCACCGUCCGCGCAGGCCCCCUCGCAUGCUCCCAGACGACGCGCAGAUCGACUGAGGAAGAGAAAUCGCUCCAAGCUCGACGCGCAUUCGAAGCGCAUCGAGGAUCGUGCAUCGUGAACGCAUACAUCAUCUCCCCGCCACUCUGACUCGGCUGAGAGCGAGCACGCUCCUUUCCUACUUCCUUGCAAGAUGUCUGCGACCUUCCGCUUUACGCCUGCGCUAUGGGACAAGAUCCAUCACUUCGCGUCGUUCCCGCAGACCGGUGUGUCACUGCAACAGAUGGUGCUUUUCGGGCAGAACCCCAGCCAAGGCACCCUCCUCAAGGCGGGCCAAUUCCUCCUAGAGGAACUGCCUGUCCGCCUGGCACACCGCGUCAAGGAGCUGGAUGAACUCCCCCAUAACUUGAGCGCCAUGCCCUCGAUCAAGAAGGUCAAGAACUGGUAUGGGCAGUCCUUCGAGGAGCUCAUCAACUUCCCGGCCCCGCAACUCCCUCCCGAAAUUCGGAAAGCCAUGACGGUCCCCCGUCUCACGGACCCGCCCCUCCCAGAAUCCGUACCAAACCCUUCGCUCACGGAGAUUUUCGGCUCUGAGCAUGCUGGCAACUUGGCGAAUGCGUCUUCCCCUUACGGGCAUUCGAUGAGUGGCAAUGGCAAUGGAAACGGCAACGGCUACAACAAGAUGAAGCUGCGUGUACCCAUGGAGCGGAGAUAUUAUGCAAAUAUGGAGGGCAUCAACUGGCCGCCGGAGGUGCACGAGUACAACAAGCGGUUCACGCAGACGCUGCACAAGAUCAAGAGCAGGCACGACCCUACGGUUACUACUGUGGCGCAGGGUGUCUUGGAGUGGAAACGCAGCCAGAAUGCACGGUCGAUUGGGCUUGACAUACAGGCCUGGCUCGAUCGCUUCUACAUGUCGCGUAUCGGCAUCCGUUUCCUCAUCGGUCAACAUAUCGCCCUCAACUCCCCCGAGCGGCACAAAGACUACGUCGGCAUCAUCUGCACCUCCGCCAACGUGCACGACAUCGUCCUCGAGGCGAUCGAGAACGCGCGCUUCGUCUGCGAGGAGCACUACGCCAUGUUCGCCGCGCCGCCCGUGCAGCUCAUCUGCCCCAAGAACCUCGAGUUCGCCUACGUGCCCGGCCAUCUGUCGCACAUCUGCUUCGAGCUGCUGAAGAACUCGCUCCGCGCCGUCGUCGAGCGCUACGGCGUCGACCGCGAAGACCAGGGCGGGUACCCGCCCAUCAAGGUCGUCGUGGUUGAGGGGAAGGAGGAUAUCACGAUCAAGAUCUCGGAUGAGGGGGGCGGGAUCCCGCGCAGUGCGAUUCCGCUCAUCUGGACGUACAUGUAUACGACGAUGGAGGGGACGGAGCUGAGCGAUGAUUUCCAUGCGAGCGACUUCAAGGCGCCGAUGGCUGGCUUCGGCUACGGUCUGCCGCUGUCGAGAUUGUACGCAAGAUACUUUGGCGGCGACCUGAGGUUGAUCUCCAUGGAGGGCUACGGGACGGACGUGUAUAUCCAUCUGAACCGGCUGUCGAGCAGCAGAGAGCCCCUGCCUUAGGCACGAGUAACGGCAUAUCUUUCUAUACAUUUGUACCAAUACCAGCAUUUCCACAUAGCAUGUCAUGUCAUCCCGCAUCGUUGACUCCUUCUGUACUUUGCAGCAUUUUGCUGCACGUUUCGGCAU